CGAACGCUAAGAAUGAUAACCAUCUCCCCGACAUCCAGCAUAACAGCUUCUGCUGGGCAUUGUUGCGCUAUAAUCUCAUUAUCUGUUUUGAUCCUGUGUGGUAUAUAAGUCGGUCAUUUAGAAAUGGCCGCCAGAAAUACCUUGCGACGAGCUCUGCUCUAUGUCCCCGGCUCAUCACAGCGCUUUCUCGACAAAUCACGUAGUCUAAAAGCCGACUGUGUCGCAUAUGAUCUUGAGGACAGCGUCACUCCGCAUAAGAAGGCGGAAGCGCGGAGCUUGGUGCGGAGAGCUCUCGAUCAGCCCGCUCCGGCAAACAUAAAAGAACGUGCAGUUCGAAUCAAUUCAGUCGAUAGUGGUUUAGCUCUUGCAGACCUCACAGAAGUGCUUCAAUCACCCAACCUCACCACCCUCGUUAUACCGAAAGUAAACUCAGCUUCAGAUCUAACAUUCGUGACUGACGUGAUCACCCACACACUUUCAACAUUGCCGCCAGAACAGCAAAACCCGAACAGACCCCCGAUCUCUCUGCUCGCCCUCGUCGAAUCCGCCAAGUCCAUCACCAAUCUCACGCAGAUAUGUUCUGCCAGCCCGCUUCUUCAAGGCCUCAUCUUCGCCGCCGAAGACUUUGCUCUUGACCUCAGCAUCACCCGUACCCCAUCAUUGACUGAGUUUCUCUUCGCGCGUUCCGCCAUCGCAACCGCCGCUCGUGCCGCCGAGCUCCCAUCCACAAUCGAUCUUGUAUGCACAGCAUAUAAGUCCAGCGAUGGCUCCCCACCAGCAGUCUUGGAAGAAGAAUGCCGUGGCGGCAAACGGCUUGGUUUCAACGGGAAGCAAUGCAUCCACCCCUCGCAGGUGGAAACAGUGCAGAGGAUCUUCAGCCCAGAAACGGACGAGGUAGAGUGGGCAGUGCGUGUCGUCAUUGCAGAUGAAAAAGCCGCGGCAGCAGGGCGCGGGGCCUGGACACUGGACGGCAAGAUGAUCGAUGUCCCCGUGGCAGAAAAGGCAAAAGCGAUCGUUCGGAGAGCCGACGCUUGUGGAAUCAACAUUGAGGAGAUCCGGGAGAAGUGGAAGGGGCAGGAACCAGAGUAGAUUUGUGUAAUGUCUUCAAGCAGAAGACGAAACCAAGAGGCUAUAGUAGCUCAUAUUUAUAUCGAACCUUUCGAUAUUUUCACAUAUACGAGAAAGUACGUACAAACGCACAAUAUUCUGUCUCUGAUAUUGAAGCAUACAUAUAUAUCACCUUUAUAUAGAGUACAAUUUCAAUCCAAACAAGUCAAUUUCCUCGAGUCAAGACUAGACUCUUGAAGUUACUAUCCAUCCAACACUGCCCCCUUUCCCUUCGCAGCUGGCUAGAGGUAGGUG